CUCCAUAUCCGGGUUCCCGCCGCUGCCGCCGCCGCCGUGCAGCCGCCGCCGCCGCCGCCGAGCUCAUUCAGCUUUGCCGGGAGUGGUGUGAUUCCCGACCAAGAUGGCGGCCGUGGGGCGAGUCGGCUCCUUCGGUUCCUCACCGCCGGGAUUAGCCUCGACUUACGCGGGGGGCCCUUUGGCCAACGACCUCGCCUCGGGCAACGGCGGCGCCGCCGCGGGCGACGACGAGGACGGGCAGAACCUUUGGUCCUGCAUCCUCAGCGAGGUCUCCACCCGCUCGCGCUCCAAGCUCCCCGCGGGGAAGAACGUGCUGCUGCUGGGUGAAGAUGGAGCUGGAAAAACAAGCUUAAUAAGAAAAAUUCAGGGAAUAGAAGAGUACAAGAAAGGAAGAGGGUUGGAAUAUUUGUAUUUAAAUGUUCAUGAUGAAGACAGGGAUGAUCAAACAAGAUGUAAUGUAUGGAUCUUAGAUGGAGACUUGUAUCACAAGGGCCUCCUUAAAUUUUCACUGGAUGCCAUUUCUCUGAAGGACACUCUAGUUAUGCUGGUUGUGGAUAUGUCAAAGCCUUGGACUGCUUUGGAUUCUCUACAGAAAUGGGCAAGUGUUGUUAGAGAACAUAUUGACAAAUUGAAAAUUCCUCCUGAAGAAAUGAAAGAAAUGGAACAAAAGUUGAUUAGAGACUUCCAAGAAUAUGUAGAGCCCGGAGAAGAUUUUCCAGCCUCUCCUCAGAGAAGAAAUACUGGGUCACAGGAAGACAAAGACGACAGUGUGGUUUUACCCCUGGGUGCGGAUACACUUACACAUAACUUGGGCAUCCCAGUACUAGUAGUUUGCACAAAGUGUGAUGCCAUUAGUGUAUUGGAAAAAGAACAUGACUACAGAGAUGAGCAUUUUGAUUUUAUUCAGUCACAUAUCCGGAAGUUUUGUUUACAAUAUGGUGCAGCGCUUAUUUACACUUCAGUAAAAGAAAAUAAAAAUAUAGAUUUAGUAUAUAAAUAUAUUGUUCAGAAACUGUAUGGAUUUCCCUAUAAAAUUCCUGCUGUUGUUGUGGAAAAAGAUGCAGUAUUUAUUCCAGCAGGGUGGGAUAAUGAUAAGAAAAUAGGAAUAUUACAUGAAAAUUUUCAAACAUUAAAAGCAGAAGAUAAUUUUGAAGACAUUAUAACUAAACCACCUGUCCGAAAGUUUGUGCAUGAGAAGGAAAUUGUGGCAGAAGAUGACCAGGUGUUUCUUAUGAAGCUACAGUCCCUUUUAGCAAAGCAACCACCAACUGCAGCUGGAAGGCCUGUGGAUGCCUCACCAAGAGUCCCAGGAGGCUCCCCUCGAACACCAAACCGAUCUGUGUCAUCCAAUGUUGCCAGCGUGUCACCCAUCCCUGCUGGGUCCAAAAAAAUUGAUCCAAACAUGAAAGCUGGAGCUACAAGUGAAGGUGUCCUGGCAAAUUUCUUCAAUAGUUUGCUGAGUAAAAAGACUGGUUCUCCCGGAGGCCCUGGGGUUGGCAGUGGUAGCCCUGGAGGUGGAGCUGGAAGUGGAAGCAGUGGUUUACCACCAUCCGCCAAAAAAUCAGGCCAGAAGCCUGUCCUAUCAGAUGUUCAUGCAGAACUAGACAGAAUUGCACGCAAACCGGUUACAGUUUCUCCUACAACACCUACAUCUCCUACGGAAGGAGAAGCUUCUUGAAGAUACCAAAUAAAGCCAUUUAUUCAGUUUUCUGGGAUAAUGUAAACUUGCCUCUGCCUUCUCCUUCAAAAGUGGAAUUAGGGAACUGGAGUGCUUUUUCAGAUGGACUAAAUUUAUUUCUUUUUUCUUUCUUUCUUUCUUUUUUUUUUUUUUUUUUUGUGUGUGUGUGGUUGCCCAUUUUUAUAAAAGGAAGCUAUACAGAAGAAAAAUUAUUCUACACUAUGUAGGAUUGCUGUUUGCAUUGCCACUUUGCAUAAGGAAAUAAUUUUGGAUUUUGAAAAACUCAGAAUUUAUAGAUCUGAAAUACAGCCGUGUGAUCAUACUUUAAAGGCUAUUUAAAACAUAGGAGGGUUUAGGAAAGGGCAGAAAAUAAUAUGCUUUGGGCAUUUGACUGACUUGGAAGUCCAAGCAUACUUUAGUUAAGACUAUUAAAAUAAUUUGAAAAUUUAUGUAUUAGUUUUGCUGGAAAGGAGAAAAUGACCAAUUGUCAAAUUUUCCACACCAGUGUAAACAACCACCACACAUGGGAUAUGCUGAGAAAACUAUCAGAUAGCGUUUUAUACACUAGUCAUUGUCUCACCCAUGAUCCUGUAAGUUGUCAUCAAAAUAUGAUUUUGAAAUAUUGGCCAAGAUUCAUUUCUUUAACUGAGAAGAAAAGAAAGCACACUGCCUAAAUGCAUAAAAGAAAAAUGCAGAGGUUAUUAAAAUGUAAAGAGGUAACAGUCUUUGGAUUUGUCUAUCUAUAUCUGUAUUAAUAUAUAGAUAUAGAUAUAUAUAUGGCUCUGCCUUAAUAUACCCCUUUUUUGUUUGUGACUUUCAACUGUAAUCAGUUAAUAAAGUAUUUAUUCUCUGCAUUCAGGUUCAAAUAACUUGUUGCAUUCUCUUAUACAUAAUUUGUAUUUAUCAGACAAUGAAUAUAAGAUUCAUUAGUAUUUUGAGGUGUUUGACGUAAUAGGAUUAUUAAGCAUUCUGAUCUUUGUGAGAGACAAGUGAAUACGUGGUAUUCACUAUCCUGUAAGUUUCCUUAAGUUGGAAGUUUACCGUGAUCAGCACAUCUUCCCCACAAGCAUGUCUCAAGCUACAGAAUCAUCAGCAUUUCUAGUAGAUAAAAAGGUAGCCUUUUAUCAUUAUUGGGCAGAAGCUGUUUUAAAAGCUUGGCAAAUGCACUGACACAUAUGUCCUCUCUUACAGGUGAGAACACCUGUUAGUAGUUAAACCUGAUUUUUCAAUACUGUUUUUAAAUGCUUGUUUUAGAAACUUCAUAAGAACAGUUUGACUUCUUACUGAAGUUCAGCUAGAGAACACAUGCACAUUUAACUUACAUUACAUUUAACUUAUCAUUACAGAUAAUGGGAAAAAAUGGCCACUGCCCUUUACAUUGGCCUUUGUUAUUACUUUAUAUAUUCCAAAGAUUUUUUUUUUCAGCAAAAUGUUUGAGGACAAUACCUCUACUAUCUAACGUAAUCCUUUCAUUAAAAUUUUAAAAUCUUUACUUUUGAAUAGCAUUUGGCUCCUAAUAGUUGAAUAUAAAUGCUAAAAAUACAUGAGAGGGUAAUAAUUUGUUUCAGGGUGGGAAAAACUUAGGCUGUUCAUGGGCAUGGAAAAAUUAAUUUGUAAAAACAUUUUGAGGAAAUAUGAAAAAUGCCACUGAUAGAAUCUUUAGUCUGGAAAGGGUUCUGCAGUCAUGGUGGUGUAAAGACCAAUUUUUAUAAAGUAGUACAUGAUGAAGUAAGCAAGACUAAUGAAAGAAAGAAAAAUCUCUGACUGUACAUCAUGGUAUACUUUGAUAUGUCUGCUGUGUUUGCAUGUCUAGGCUAACUCGUUCUUUUCUGUAUGACAUUGGAGAUGUACUAGAAAAUCCUUGGAAUUGAGUCAUUAGCUGAAAUAAUUGUAAUCGUUCAGUUUAUAGGGUAUUCGGUUUUAAAACCUUGUGUUACCAUGUUUAAAUCUUAAACUGAUUUUUGUCCCUAUUUUUUGCAAGGAAAUUUGUUUUUAAACUAUUUAAAACUUUUUUGUUUUUAGGCACUUGUUAUUGAAGUAUACAAUAGAGAAAAGUAUACAGAUAUCAGGUUAUAUGGAUUGAAAUACCAACUAAUCACUAAGAUCAAGGACAUUACUGGCAUCCCAUAUGCUUCCUAUGUGCCCCUUAUCAGCACCUCUACCCACCAAAGGAUCACAGUCCCCACUUCUACAACCAUAGAUAAGUUUUAUUUAUUUUUAAGCUUUAUAUACAUGGGAUCUUAGAGUUUAUGUUCUUUUUUGUGCAAGGCCUCUUUCAGUAUUAGUUCUGUGACACAUCAACAAAUGCAUGUAGCAGUAAUUAUCCAUUCUCAUUGCACCAUAAUAUUCCAUCCUGCAAAUACAUUAUAAUUUAUCCAUUAUCCUAUUGAUGGAUGUAUAUUAGAUUCCUCUUGCUGCUGUAACAAAGUUACCACAAUUUAGUGGCUUAAAACAAUACAAAUUUGUUAUCUUACUAUCUGGCGGGCAGAAGUCCAAAAUCAGUCUUACUGGACAGAAAUUAAGGUGUCAGCAGUGCUGAUUUCUUUUGGAGGCUCCAAGGAGCAUCUAUUUCCUUCCUUUCCAGCUUCUAGAGGCUGCUUGGAUUCUUUAGGUUCUCGGUCCCUUCUCCAUCGUCAAGGCCAACAGCAUAGCAUCUUCAACUGGGUGCUUCCAUCUCAUUGUCUCUCACGCUGAACCUGCUGCCUCCCUUGUGUCAGCAUCCAUGUGAUUAAGUUGGGCUCACCUGAGCAAUCCAAUGUAAGCUCCCUCAACACUUCACUCUCCUUACUAACAUGAUUUCUGAAGAGAAAUUGAGUCUAAUUCUAAUCUUUGCUCCUCUAUGGGCAUUUUUUCCCCUUUUGGCUUAUUUCAAGAUUUUGUAUCUUUGAUUUUAAUGCAGUUUGAUAUAUUAUGCCUAGGUGCAGUUUUGGGAUUUAUCCUUCUUAGUGUUCUGUGAACUUUCUGGAUCUGUGGUUUAGUGUCUUGACUAAUUUGGGGGAAAUUCUCAGUCAUUGCUUCAAAUAUUUUUGCUGUUCCUUUCUUCUGGUACUUUCAUUAUAUAUAUGUUACAUCUCUAUAGUUUUAGGAUAUUCUAUUCCUUGCCCUACCCCCCGACCUUUUUUCUCUUUGCUUUUUAGUUGGAAAUUUCUAUUUAUAUAUGUUGUCACUCAGAGAUUCUUUCUUCAACCAUGUUCUGUCAACUAGCCCAUAAAAAGUAUUCUUCAUUUCUGUUAGUUUCUUUUUUAUUUUAAUUCUAGCGUUUUUUAUUUUAACUCUAGGGUUCUUAGAAUUUCUCUCUGUUUAUAUUAUCCAUCUGUUCUUGCACAUUGCCUACUUUUUCUGUUAGAUCCCUUAAUAUAUUAAUCAUAGUUGCUUUAAAUUCAUAGCUGGAUAACUCAUUUUUGCCAUAUCUGAAUUCAAUUCUGAUGUUUGCUCUGUCUCUUCACAGUACUUUUUGCCUAUUUCUAUGCUUUGUAAUUUUCUGUUGAUAGCUGGACAUGAUAAAAAGAACUCCAGUGAAUAAACUGUUAGUAAUGUGGUGGGAGAGUGUUAGGGGGAGGGGAAGCAUUCUGUAGUUCUGUGAUUAGGUCUCAGUGAGCCUGUGCUCCUGGGCUGUGAACUUCACCGUGCUUCUCAUACUCCCAUCUUCACCCCCAAGCCCCUUUUCUGGUGGGACAGGAUGGCUACAUGCAGAACACCAGGAGAUUUUUCUCUAAUUUUCCCUUUGAGAUCCUGGAGAGUAAAACUCAAAAAAGUGUAGGGAACCCCCUAUGACUGGGGGAUUUCUAACAGACUUACCUACUCAGUCUCCAGCAACUUGUCAGUUACAAUUCAGGCUUUCCUACCCCAGUACUGUCUCCCUCAUAUUUCUGCUUGGGAGUUUCUAGUUAAGCAAGUUGUUAUUCUAUGUCCACUUGCAAAUCUCCCACCUGGGGAUAGGGCUUGGCCCUGGGACUUCACUUCUCUGACAAAUCUAAAAAGAGUUGUUGAUUUUUCAGUUCAGCCUUUUGUUAGGAUGGAGAGAUGACUUCCAAACUCCUUGCUUGCUUUCUUGGAAACUGGAAAUCUGAUUCCCCCCUCUCAGAAUCCUAAGCAUAUCUGCAAAGUCCCUUUGCCAAAUAAGGUAACAUUCACAGGUUCAAGGGAUUAGGAUAUGGACAUCUUUGUAGGAUCAUCAUGAAACCUAGCAGCUUUCAGCUUUUCAAUUGCUCUUACAAAUUGUGCUGUUAGCACUCUCAAAUGCGUGUGGUGACAAAUAUGUUCUAAUUUCUAUUGAGUAUGUAUGUAGAUAUGGAUUGCUGGGUCCAUGACUAUGUGUAUAUUAGAUAAAGUAGUAGAUAAAGCCAAACAGUUUUUCCAAAAUGGUUAUAAGAAUUUCCCUUUCUGAGAGAAGAUAUAUCUAAUAAGAGUCUAGUGUCCGGGUUAUAUAAAUAAUUCUUAAUUCAAAACAAGUAACCUAAUGUUAAAAUGGCCAAAGGAUUUGAAUAGACAUUUCUCCAAAAAAGAUAUACAUUCUCAUUAGCAGUUGGGGAAAUGCAAACCAAAACCACUUCACAGCCAAAAUUAAAAAUGAGUGUUGGCAAAGAUAUGGAGAAAUUAGAAUCCCCAUACUUCGCUGGUGGGAAUGUAAAAUGUAAACUGGUAACCACUUUCAGGAACAAUGUGGUGGUUCCUCAUAAGAGUAAGCAUGUAGUUACCAUAUGACCCAGCAAUGCCACCCCUAGAUAAAUACCCACUGAAUGAGAACAUCCGUCCUCACAGAAACUUGUAUACAAAUGGCUGUAGCAGCAUUAUUCAUAAUAGCAAAAAGAUGUAAACCCAAACACCUACCAACAAAUGGAUAAACAAAAUGUGGCAUAUCCUACAAUGGAAUAUGUUAAGUUAUAAAAAGGAAUGAAGUAUUGAUACAUGCUACAACAUGGAUAAACCUUGAAAACAUUGUUAAAUGAAAGAAGCCAGUCACAAAGUCAUGCUAUAGGAUUCCAUUUAUACAAAAUGUCCAGAAUGAGCAAAUUCAUUGAGACAGUAGAUUAGUAGUUUGUCUUUAAUUUUAGACAUGCUGGCAGGUAUACAGUAGGAUCGCCUAGUGGUUUUAAUUGUAUUUCCUUGAUAACUAACAAAGUGAAGCAUGUUUCAUGUUUAUUGGCCAUACAGAUACUCUCUUUUAUAAAGUACCCAUUUAAGAAUCUUAGAAGUCUUGACCUUUUUAUUUUCUUUUUCUUUUGGGGGGAGAGAGGGUGGGAGGAAGGUAAAGGGGAAACUGACUUUUUCUUAACUGACUUAUUCUUUAUGUAUUCAGGAUGCUAGUCUUUGUCAGAUGUGUAUUGUAAAUAUCUCUCAUUUGGUGGUUUGCCUUUUCACUCUCUUACUGGGAUCUUUUGAUGAAUAGGAGUUACUGAUUUUAAUGUUCCAUUUGUCAGCUUUUCUUUAUGGUUUUUGCUUUUAUGACCUGUUUUAAAUCUUUUGCUGCCCUCAAGAUGAUGAUAUUCUAUGAUUUUUUUUUCUAAAAGAUUUAUUGUUUUAGUUUUCUACAUUCCUGGGAUUUAUUUCUAUGCAUGCUGUGAAGUAGGGGGCAAGAUUUUUUUUUUUUUAAUGUAGGUAUUCAGUUAAUUCAGUACCAUUGUUGGGAGAAUCAUCCUUCUUCACUGCGGUGCCCCCUUGGUCAUGUUUCGUCCAUUUGCAUAUACUUAUGUUUCUGGACUUUCUACUUUCUUCUAUUUGCCGGUUUGCCUAUAUUGUACCAAUACUACAGUCUCAAUUUCUGUCCUUUAGCUAGUAAACAAGUCCUCCAGUAUUGUUUUUCCUUAAGAUUGUUUUGAUUCUUGACUCUACAUUUCCAUAGAAACUUUAGAAUUAACUGUUCCACUCACACACACACACACACACACACAUCACCCUGCAUUUUGAUUGAGAUUGCAUUGAAUUUAUAGAUCAAUUUGGAGUUCGCGGUCAUCUUUUAAAAAUUUUUUUUAAUUUUUAUUUAUUUAUGAUAGUCACACAGAGAGAGAGAGAGAGGCAGAGACACAGGCAGAGGGAGAAGCAGGCUCCAUGCACCAGGAGCCUGAUGUGGGAUUCGAUCCCGGGUCUCCAGGAUCGGGCCCUGGGCCAAAAGCAGGCGCCAAACCGCUGCGCCACCCAGGGAUCCCCGUUUGCAGUCAUCUUUAAGACAUCUUCCAAACUAUACACAGGAAUAUUCUUCCACUUACAUAGAUUUUCUUUAGUUUCUCCUAGCAGUAUUUUUAUUUUUCAAUGUAUUAUCUUGCACCUCUUGUUGAUAGAUUCUUAAAUCUUAAAUCAGUGAAUUAUUUUACACUAUCAUAAAUGGCAUCCUUUUAAAAUUUCAUUUUAUUUGUUGCUGGUGUAAAAAAAUACAGCUUUAUCAUAUUAUCCAGAAACCUUAUUCAAAUCCCUUUAUUAAUGUAAUAGGUCAUGUGUAAUUUAUUAUCUUUUUUUUACAUGUCAUCUGCAAAUAGUUUUAUUUCCUCCUUUUUAAUGUUGUCUUGCUUUCUGACACUUGUACACAAGUAUAGAAUACUAUAGAACCAAUGAGAGGAAGCAUCUUUAUCUUGUUCCCCAUCUCAGAGUGAAAGCUUUUAAUAUUCCACUAUUCAGUGUAUUUGCUGCAUGCUUUUUGUAGAUACUCUAUCAAAGAAAGAAAGUUCUCUUCUUUCCUAGUUACUUUAUAUCAUGAGUUUUAUCAUGAAUGAGUGUUAAAUUUUAUAAACUUUUUUCUUUAUUGAGAUAAUCAUUUUCUUUUCUUCUAUUAAUGUUAUCAUUUACAUUACCUUUUAAGAAUAUUAAGCCAACUUUGUAUUCCUGAAAUAAAUCUAACUUGAUGUGUUAGUUUUAUUAUAUUGCUGGAUUUGGUUUGCCAACAUUUUAUUAGGAUUUUGCAUUAUGCACCUGAGAAAGAUUGGCCUGUAAUUUUCAUUUGUCAUCAUAUUUUUGUCAGUAUUUGAUAUCAAGAUUAUGUUGACCUCAUAAAUCAAGUUGGGAAGUAUUCUCUUUUUGUAUUCUUUGUAAAGAGUUUGUGAAAGAUUGGUGUAAAAUCUUGUCAAUUUGUUUCUUUAAAACUAUCAGACAUAAUUUUUUAAGGCCCUUUGUGGAACUUGACAAUAGCCCAAACAGUAAUAAACAUUACAGUUUUCUUA